UAGCAACUGUGAUGUUUCCCAAUAAUUAGCGGCAGGGCUGCUUGUAUUCCAGCCCGCUCAUGCUACCCCCUUGUAACUCGACUUGACGCGGGGAGCCAAAGGAAACGCGCCCCGCCGACCAGGGAAGAAGCAACCAACGUCACACCCAACACCAAUAAGCGCAAUGGGUAUCGAAGACCAGAAAGAGGAACGCGAGGUCCUCGAGUCCAUUUUCCCCGAAGAAAUAACCGAUGUUUCCGACACAGAAUUCCGAGUCCUGAUAAAACUCGACGUGGGCGAGCCCUCGUACGAUGAAGACGAGGACGACGAUGAGGAAGACACAUCACCAAAACUCAUCCUCAACGUCCAAUACCCCCCAGACUACCCCGACGAAGCCCCACGACUCGACAUAACCCAACCUCCCAAUGCGCCAAAACACCCCUACCUCGACAUCCAAAAUGACAAGUCGCGCCUGCUGGACUCGCUCACCGACACCAUCACCGACAACCUCGGCAUGCAGAUGAUCUUCACCCUCGUCACCGUGCUCAAGGACUCCGCCGAGCUGCUGAUAGCCGAGCGCGCGAAUGCGAAGCAGGCACUGGCAGAUAUAGAGGCCGCCAAAGUUGAGGAGGCAGAGAAUGCAAAGUUCCAGGGCGAGGCGGUCACGAGGGAAAGCUUUCUGGCGUGGAGAGACAAGUUUAGGGCCGAGUUGGAGGAGGAGGAAAGGCGGAAGGUCGAGGAGAAGGAGGUCGAGGACAAAAAGAAGAGGAUUGUGGAGAAGGAGAAGAAGCUUACAGGCAGGGAGUUGUGGCAGCAAGGGUUGGUGGGUAAGGUGGAUGAGGAGGAUGAAGGCGAUGACUUGGAGGUGGACAAGCUAAAGAUCUCGGCGGCUUCGUAG